CAAUCUUCUCGCUCGAGGAGGGACGACAUCAACACACAGAGACCAUGGACUCGUCUCCGGAGCCUUCUUCCUCGUCGGCGUCAUCGUCGUCCUCGGCCUCGUCCGACGCUGGGCCUUCGACCCCGCCCUCAAAGCACACUAGUCUUUCUUCCAUCAAGGGCGAUGACGAGGUCCCUGCAUGGCAGCAGCCGUACACCUUCCACACGCUCAAGAACCAAGAGAGGUUCGAGAACCCAUCGGCGGAUGGGUUCGAUCACGAAGAACUCCAGCGGCUGACUGCGCCCCACUUGGAGUCCUUCAAUGCUCUUUGGGCAGCCGACCCCGCCGUCAGUCUCCCAGCGGGGGCCAAGUCCACUACCGUCUUGAGCGAAGGAGUGGGCCUGCUGGAGAAGAGCAUUCGCAACAUUCGACCGCGGGUUGUCUUUGAUGGGACCGACGAAGCAAUGAAGAGAGGUGACCUGGGCAACAGGCUUGAAUUCAGAAUCGAGAACGUCACGCUGGGCAGGCCAAUGUCCAACGAGAAGGGUAGGACUGCGCUGCAGAGCAGAAUCUUCCCGGCCGAGGCAAGAGAACGACUUACUACAUACAGAGCAAGACUGACUGCGCGCGUCUCUUGGAGUGUCAAUGGCCUGCCAAAGCAGUACGAUGAGUGCGAUUUGGGCCAGAUCCCCGUCAUGGUCAAGUCGAACCGGUGCAACAUCCGGGGCAUGAGCAGCAGAGAGCUCGUUGACCGCAAGGAGGAGCCGACGGAGCUGGGAGGCUACUUUAUCAUCAACGGUAACGAGCGACUGAUUCGUUUCCUCGUCGUUCCAAGGGCCAACCACGUCACCUCGAUAGAGCGGCCUUCGUUCACCAAGCGAGGGCCAUCCUACUCGUCAAAGGGCUGCCAGAUUCGCUGCCUUCACAAGGAGGACCUUAUCAGCGUCACCAACACCGUACAUUACCUCGAGAACGGCGGCGUGACUCUGCGCUUCAGCAUGCGAAAGCAAGAGUACAUGAUCCCCGUCGUCAUGGUUCUCAAGGCCCUUGUCGAUGCCACUGACAAGGAGAUCUUCGCCGAGCUGGUUCAAGGCGAUUUCGAGAAUACCUUUUUGACCGACCGUGUCGAGCUCCUGCUCCGUGGCUUCAAGACCUACAACCUCUGGAAUGGGUCGCAGUGCCUCGAAUACCUUGGCAGCAAGUUCCGCAUCGCCAUGAUGGAUCUGCCCGAAGACAUGACCGACCACCAGGUCGGCGUUGAACUCAUCAACCGCAUUCUCCUGGUCCAUCUUGACAGUGCGCGAGAGAAAUUCCGGAUGCUUGUCUUCAUGAUGCGCAAGCUCUACUCCCUCGUCGCCGGCGACAGUUGCUCCGACAACCCGGAUUCGCCCCAGCACCAAGAGGUUCUUCUUCCAGGUUUCUUGUAUGGGCAGAUCAUCCGAGAAAGGCUCGACGAGUUCCUCAGUACCGUCAGGCAGGAGAUUGGACGGCAAGUCCGAACGAAGAGGAGCAACGUCGACUUCUUCAACAACGCCUUCAUUACAAAGACGUUGUCUAGGGUCAGCCCCGACAUUGGAGCUCGCAUGGCCUCGUUCCUGGCCACUGGCAACCUCUCUUCCCCCACGGGGCUAGAUUUGCAGCAAGCUUCGGGCUUCACGAUUGUCGCAGAGAAGCUCAACUUCUACCGAUACAUCUCCCACUUCCGCUGUAUCCAUCGAGGCGCCUUCUUUGCCGAGCUCAAGACAACCACGGUCCGGAAGCUGCUCCCAGAGGCUUGGGGCUUCCUCUGUCCCGUGCACACGCCCGACGGCGCACCUUGUGGCUUGCUCAAUCACUUGUCUCAUUCCUGCCGCAUCAUCACCUGUGCUCUCGACACGCGAAAGAUCCCUGCCCUCCUCACCGACCUCGGCAUGACGGCACCCUUCGCCAGCCGCGUCGAUGGCCGGAGAGAUGUGGUCGUCCAGCUCGAUGGUGCUAUCGUUGGUUAUGCUACUCCUGCCCUCGCCCAACACAUGGCUCGAGCAUUGAGAAUAUUCAAGACCGAGGGCAUCAAUGAUGUCCCUCUCGACCUCGAGAUUGGCCUUGUGCCGACGAGCAAAGGUGGUCAGUUUCCAGGAUUGUACCUCUUCUCGGGCCGAUCAAGGAUGAUGAGGCCGGUGAAGUACAUUCAUAAUCGAAAGAGCGACAGCGUCGGGCCCUUCGAGCAAGUCUACCUCGAUAUUGCUUGCCAGGAUGUCGAGGUGGAAGAAGGUGUCACGUCGCACGUUGAGUUUGCGCCCACCAACGUCCUCAGCGUCAUUGCCAACAUGACUCCAUUUACCGACUUCAACCAGUCCCCUCGGUCCAUGUAUCAAUGCCAGAUGGGUAAGCAGACGAUGGGAACGCCCUCAACGGCUUUGAAUCAUCGAACGGACAAUAAGCUGUACCGCAUCCAGACGCCCCAGACGCCCGUCGUUCGACCCUUUAUGCACAACCGUUACAGCUUCGACGAUGCGCCAAACGGCACCAACGCCAUUGUCGCCGUCAUCUCAUACACGGGUUACGACAUGGAAGACGCCAUGAUCCUUAACAAGAGUGCGCAUGAGCGAGGCUUCGGCUAUGGGUCCAUCUACAAGUCUGAGGUCGUCGACCUCAAGCAGAUCAAAGGCGGCCGAGGAUCUUCAACGACGAUCCACUUUGGCUUUGGAAAUGACGUUCCUGCCAACCAUCGGAAUCGCGAGAAGCUCGAGGCCGAUGGACUGCCCAGCGUUGGUGCCGAGCUCAAACAGGGCGAUGUCCUAUGCGCUUACUGGGACGAGACGACGGGCAAGACGGACUUCAAGAAGUACAAAGGCGACGAGCUGGCCUAUGUGGAUACUGUCCGUCUCCUUGGGUCCGAGACAAUGGACGCGCACGGACAGCGCCUUCAGAUCACCCUCCGGGUCCCUCGCUCGCCCGUCAUCGGCGACAAGUUCUCGUCUCGACACGGGCAAAAGGGUGUUUGCAGCCAGAAGUGGCCCAUGACGGACAUGCCAUUCAGCGAGAGCGGAAUGACACCCGACGUCAUCAUCAACCCGCAUGCUUUCCCGUCGCGAAUGACGAUCGGCAUGCUCAUCGAGAGCAUGGCUGGCAAGGCCGGCGCACUUCAUGGCAUUGCUCAGGAUGCCACUCCCUUCUCUUUCAGCGAGCAGGACACGCCCGUUGAGUACUUUGGCGAGCAGCUCAAAGCGGCGGGCUACAACUACGUUGGCCACGAGCCGAUGUACUCGGGCAUCACGGGCCAAGAGCUCAAGGCCGACAUCUACCUGGGCGUCGUCUACUAUCAGCGACUGCGACACAUGGUCAAUGACAAGUUCCAAGUUCGUACAACGGGACCUGUCCACCAUCUCACCCGCCAGCCGGUCAAGGGCCGCAAGCGAGCCGGAGGUAUUCGAUUCGGAGAGAUGGAGCGAGACGCGCUGCUGGCCCACGGCACGUCUUUCCUGCUACAGGAUCGUCUCAUGAACUGCUCUGACUACAGCACUUCGUACAUUUGCCGAACUUGCGGAAGCCUCAUUUCGCUCGGUUACGACGAGGCCGGUGGUGCGUCGCAGGGCGUCAUCACCAUCGACCGGUCCAAUGAGAACGCGGCGCACACUGCUCUGGGACCUAAUGGCGAGUACUGCCGCGUCUGCCGGGAAGCGAGCCAGCGAGGUGUCGAUGUACGGCUGCGCAACGGCCACCAGGGCGUCACAAUCCCCAAGAGCAACGUCAUCAAGCGCGGCUUGGGCGAUCUCGACGUCGUCGCCAUUCCUUACGUUCUCAAGUAUCUGGCAGCCGAGCUGGCUUCCAUGUCAAUGCGGCUGAGCUUCAAGGUGGAGCCAUGAGGCCAAGCGACUCAACAUUAAUGUUCCAUCAAUGCAAUAUAUACAAUGAACAC